AUUAAAUUUAAUUUAACUUGGCUGGAUUCCAAACAGAGUCUUGUUAUUAGUAUUUACAUGAUUGAGCAGUCUUGUUGAGUUUCUCCACAACCGCUUCCAUGCACGCACCAGCUGUCGCAAACGAGUCUCCCAUAACACAGAACGCAUUGGACCUGCCCGCCACAGGAACAUGGGCCCCAAGGCCUUCCGCUACAGCAUUUACAAUAACACAGAACGCAUUGGAAUUGCCCGCCACAGGAACAUGGGCCCCUAGGCCUUCCGCUACAGCAUUUACAAUAAAUAGACCCCUGGACUUGUACAUCUACAGAUACUUUCACAGGCUUUGGCUUAGGCUCAGGCUCAGGCUCAGGCUUAGGAGGAGGCGGAGGCCUAGGCUUAGGCGGAGGCGGAGGCGGAGGCUUAGGCGGAGGCGGCUUUACGAUCUCAAUGCUCUUGAUGCAUCUACCACCCUUGCAGCAUAACUUGUCCCUGAUAUUCUCCAGCGAGCUGCUCACCACCUUAAUUGUCACCUUGUUUGCUUUCUCAUCAUACGUCUGAUCUCGUAUUUCUUUAAUUAAUUUGUUCACAACAC